CAGUAACGAAUUUGAAUUUCCUCUUUAUGCGCGACGUUUUCUAAACGAUUGACAGGCGUAUUCGGAAUGAGCUUGGAGAAUCUUGAUAAACUAAAUUAUGGUCUUCCACUGAUGUCGCCGGAGAAUGUGGUGGGGGUGUCUACGAAUGGAGAGAAAGUGGACACUGCUUACUCACAGGGCAGCCUCAAGCGUCCUCGAACAGAAGAGUACUCUGACGUUGGAGUGUACUCCACUGGCAAAAUGAGCCAGUACAUGUACUCGGAAGGGAGAAGUUAUUCUAAAUCUAAAACAUUUUUAUCGAUCCGUUGCAACAACUUUGUGUACCACACAGAGGAUUGGAAGCCCAAGGGGUGCACCAUGUACCUACCACUAAGAGAAGACAUCAUGAUAAACACCCAGAACAUUGAGCAGAUCAGCUUCGAGACCGAUCAAUUCUUUUUGGCUGAUGAGAAAGGGAAUUAUGUUGGAGCAAAGCCGGGUAAUGCAAUCCAUCUUUGGAGGUUCGAUCCCUCAACCAAAAAAUUAUACAUCUCACGCUCUGUGCUCUUCCUCAAAGAACAGGAUUACCAGGAUGUGCAAUUCCAGUUGGACAACCUGUGAUCAAAGAAUGCCCUCUGUGAGGUGUGAAGAAUUCUGCAGGUGCAAAUAUUUUUUUGCCAAAGAGAGGUACAAAGUCCUGUUUGUAUGUGAGAAAUUAAUAUAUUUUAUCAUUAUUUAAAAUACCUUGACAUAGGAUGAUAAUGGGUCUGAAUGUUUAAUUUUAUAUUUGACGAGAACUCAUUUAUUCUCGAAAGCUUGUGAUAAUGAAAGACGUUUUAUAUGUAUACAUAUAUAUAUAUAUGCAUGCUAAUAUGUUGUGUGCUAAUAAACUUGGAAUUCCAUUUGCUCAAACCCGGCCUGUAUAUUUAAGCAGUUUGUCACUUAGAUCAUACAAGGCUUGUGAAAAAUCAGUGUAUUUUCUAAAGCCAUAAGUAAUUUGUGGCGUGUAUGGGUAGAAUAAAUUGCAUGUAGCUGUUUUGAAGCAUAGAAGUUUUACAUUCAUUUAGAAAAAAAAAAAGAAUACUAUAACACUACUUUACUAAUUAAAAAUGAAUGUAAUCAGCAUUUUAGUCGUAUAAAAUAUUUAUGCAGAAUUUUUUUUCUAAUGCAAAAAACAUAGCUUUAACAUAACUGUGAAUAUAAAGAACAGUUUUUUACUAAAUGUUAAUUAGAUUUUAUAAAUUUUAAUUUAAAAAAAAACAGGAAUUAGAGUUUAACUUUCAUUAUUUCUCAUAUAGUUGGUUACAGUUCCCACACAACAUGGUGAAAAUUUUAAUGAUCUUAGUUACUAUCACUUGAGAUCAUUAUAAACUAUUUGAGAUUUAAGAACAAGUGAAUUUAUAGUUUCUAAAAUCAAAUAGAUGAUGACAUUUUCCAUGGGAAAUGCAGUAGAGCUAAAAUCCGCCAAUGUAAAAUCUACCAAAAACAAAAAUCCACUCUCAUUUUUUUUUAGUAUUGUAGAACUAAAGCACUGAUACAGAGGGCACUGCUUAUAUGAAUCACGUUUGUUCUAAACAGUUUUGAUUUAAAAAAAAAGCGCCCAAUCCAGUACAGCUGGAUAUUGUUAAGUUUUUGACAAUUUGAUUCAUUAAUUGAUCAAAUGGCGGUUGAUUCAAUUAACCGGCAUCCACUGAAUAUCAAGAUCAGAUUACCAGGGUUGCAGACUAUCCAGGUUGCACCCUUCUCCCUCAUAAAAGAAAAUAAAAAAAGAGAAUCCUUGUGAAAAAUGAGGAAAAGGACCUAAAUCUUGUGUCUAGUAAAUCUUGAUAAACAUAAAAAUCUCCCUCUUUUUAAAAUAAUUCUUUUGUUUAAUUCUCUUCUUUAGUGUUAUUUGGAUGCCUCAGUUGCCAAAUCGAUUAACUCCACUUAAAAAAAAGAUCCUUAUUUCUGCUUUAAUAGAGCUUAAUCAACGCUUAGAUCUUAGAAUGUAAAUUUAUAUUACAAUUUUGGUUCAGUACAUUUCUGAUCCUGCGAUGGCAGAAAAUGUAACACAAGGGCCCAUUCACUCCAAUGGAUAACACUAUCUUCUUCAUCACUUUUCUCGACUUUUUGUGUUAUGGAGUUAAUUGAUUUGGCAAGUGAAGCAUCCAUUUAAUGUCCUAACUCAAAAUACAUUCUGUAUAACAUUUUAAAUGAUGUAUUUUGAUUAUUUUGUUUGCAUUACUAUCCUGAUUUAACAGCUCAAAAAAA